GUGACGAGAGCAAACGAAAUUGCACGAGACUGGCCGAAGCAGUCAGUCGCGGUCGCCAUUUUGUCGGGUAGUCAUCGGGUACGUCGUGUUUCUUUCGGGUUGCUGUGUUUUUUGGGGCAAGCACCGCCGAAAAAUUUGGGGUACGGCACUUACGUUCGCUCCCCCAAAUGGCUUGUCUGAUUACCCUUAAGCAGGAGAUUAAAACUCUUGAGUCCGUCUUCCCUAAGAGCCAUGAGAGAUUUCAGAUAAUGUCUGCGAGUGUGGAUGAACUCAGCUGCAGGUUCGUCGGUAAAAAUGGGAAGAAAUACGAAAUACACGCCAAUAUCACAGAAACAUACCCUUCUACACCACCAGUAUGGUUUGCAGAGUCAGAGGAGACGAGUGUCACAAAUGCGGUACAAAUUUUAAGUAAUACCACAGGCCGUGACAACCAUCUCAUUAAUCAAGUUGGGAUUCUCUUGAAAGAAUUAUGUAGACUUCACUCAUUACCAGAACCACCUGACGUCGAACGAUUAAGAACAGCUUUGGAUCCAUUGCGCUUAGGAGGACCAAAUGAAACUGCUGCGCAAAGGAUGGAAGCUGACGAUGCAGAAGAUAUUGAUGAAGAUGAGGAAAGUGAGACUGAAGAAGACCUUCAUUUAGAUAUGGACGAGGGAGAUGUGAAUGCCAAGAGUAAGGGUGAGGAAAUGGAUCUAGAGCAUCUUGCAACACUAGAAAGGUUGAGACAGAAUCAAAGACAAGACUACUUAAAGGGUUCUCCAUGUGGAAGUGUCCAAGCUACAGACAGACUUAUGAAAGAAUUGCGCGACAUUUAUCGAAGUGACAGUUUCAAAAAAGGAAUGUACAGCAUAGAAUUAGUGAAUGACAGUUUGUAUGAAUGGAAUAUCAGGUUGAUGUGCGUUGAUCCUGAUUCGCCACUACACAGCGAUCUUAUACUUCUAAAAGAAAAGGAAGGCAAAGAUAGUAUUCUACUCAACAUGCUUUUCAAGGAAACUUAUCCAUUCGAUCCUCCGUUUGUCAGAGUUGUUCAUCCUAUGAUUUCUGGUGGAUAUGUCCUUAUAGGAGGCGCUAUUUGUAUGGAACUCUUAACGAAACAAGGUUGGAGUUCAGCCUACACAGUAGAAGCAGUCAUCAUGCAGAUAUCAGCAACAUUAGUGAAGGGAAAAGCACGCAUACAGUUUCAAGGAUCUGGUAGUGCUGGCAAAGUAUGUGGUGGACAAGGUCAAUACAGUCUAGCACGUGCACAACAGUCAUUCAAGUCUCUUGUACAAAUACAUGAAAAAAAUGGUUGGUUCACCCCACCAAAAGAGGAUGGCUAAUGAAUAUGAAUCAGGAAGAAA